UUUUUCUCAUUUUAAAACUGGUGUAUAUUUGGAGUUUAAUUUCAGAUAAGUCCAGUAGUACUUACUUGAACUCCAGAUAAGGCUGUGAUGUGUUAAUGUUUCAAAGAGCUGUAACAUUAGCAUUCAACAAGGGACCCUCAUGCUCACAUGCAUAAUUUAUAGAGAGACUCCACACCCCAUCACAAGUCAAAUGAAUCACUUUGAAGAAACCCCCCUCUCUCUCUCCUCUCCCUCUCUCUCUCUAAAAUGUCCAGCGGCAACAGGAAGAAGCUCUAUCUCAACACAGUGAGUGUAAGCCUAGGUUGUGGUUGUAGAAGGCCAAGACUGUUCGACAUAUUCCACCCAAAACCAAAACACAAACCACCCACUUACAGAAAAAACACUCUCUAUCACUCUUCUUCAACCUCAUGGGACAAAAUUGGUGUCCACUGUGCCGACGAAGAUGAAGACGAAACCACCACCACCACUGCUACAGUCUCUUUCAACACAGAUAGCUCCUUGUGCGUCGACUACGUGGACGAUGAGUCCGAUAUAAAGAGCUUGAGAGCUGUUCAAGGCUUCGGCAGGAUUGGCGGCGAGAGCUUGGCCGUGGAGAAAGACUCCGAUGACCCUUAUGUUGAUUUCCGGCGUUCGAUGCUUCAGAUGAUUUUGGAGAAGGAGAUUUAUUCCAAGGAUGAUCUACGCGAGCUUCUCAACUGUUUCUUGCAGCUCAAUUCCCCUUGCCACCAUGGAAUCAUCCUUCGAGCUUUCACUGAGAUUUGGAAUGGAGUUUUUUCAGUUAAGAGUCAUUUAGAUCCUUUCAUUUGAUCUUAGAAGUCAAGCAUUUAUCAGAUAUAUGACAGACAUGAUGCAUGUUCUUGUGUGUCGAGACAUGUUUUGUGUUGUCUAAAAGAAAUUGCUUUCUUUAUUUUGGUUUGAAAAAUCAUUUGGAGUUAGAGUUUGAGAGUCGGACAACUCAAAGUAAUGGUUGACGUCUUAUGAUGUUGUCACAAUGCAUCAAAUCAGUCAGAAUUGUCCAACUGAAACUUCCAGUAACGAGCCUUUUGGCAUUUGGUCAUUCCUCUUUAGUGGUUUCAGUUUUUGAAAAAUGUAUAUGUUGGGGGCAUAUGAUAUGUAAGGGGCUUUUAGUAGUGGGCUAAAUAUGUAUUAUAAAA